UAAUCCAACGGCUGAAAACGAAUGCUAGAACCUUCUUUGUCCAAUUGUCCCAGACGACUCCUAUAUAUCAGCUUGGUGUCUACCCUGUAGUCUGUUGCUCGUGCUCUGCUCUGCUCUGCUCGUCACAAUCCAGUGCUUUUCAGUUUGUGAUCGAAGAUCGUGGCCAUGGUGAAGAAUUACCCAACUGUGAGUGAGGAAUACCAGAAGGCAGUGGAGAAAUGCAAGAAAAAGCUCAGAGGACUCAUCGCCGAGAAACGCUGCGCUCCUAUCAUGCUUCGAUUAGCCUGGCAUUCGGCUGGUACCUUUGAUGUGAAAACGAAGACAGGAGGGCCGUUUGGGACGAUAAGGCAUCCAGAUGAGCUUGCUCACGAAGCAAACAAUGGUCUCGAUAUCGCCAUUAGGCUUUUGGAGCCGAUCAAGGAGCAGUUUCCCAUAUUGUCUUAUGCAGACUUGUACCAGUUGGCUGGAGUUGUUGCUGUUGAAAUUACAGGAGGGCCUGAGAUCCCUUUCCACCCUGGGAGACCGGACAAAACUGAACCACCCCCAGAAGGUCGCUUGCCUGAUGCUACCAAAGGUUCGGAUCAUCUGAGAGAUAUUUUUGGCCACAUGGGUCUUAGUGAUACAGACAUAGUUGCUUUAUCUGGUGCUCACACUUUGGGAAGAUGCCACAAGGAGCGUUCUGGAUUUGAGGGACCCUGGACCACCAACCCUCUUAUUUUUGAUAACUCCUACUUCAAGGAACUCCUAAGCGGAGAGAAGGAAGGUCUAAUCCAGCUACCAUCAGAUAAAGCUCUUCUGGAGGAUCUAGUCUUUCGUCCUCUUGUAGAAAAAUAUGCUGCGGACGAGGACGCCUUCUUUGCCGAUUAUGCUGAAGCUCAUUUGAAGCUCUCGGAGCUUGGAUUUGCUGCUGCUGAAUAGAGAAUUGGAGAGGUGAAAUCACUGAAAUGUGGCUGCUGUCGGGUGUUUGGUCUGGAGGUUGGUGUUAUUCUGAAAGUUUGCGUGCUUUGGUUUAUGGGUAUUGAAUAUUUCGAUUAUGAAUAAUAUUCUGAAUCUGAUUGCGAAUUUUAUGGUAAUGAAAAUGUGUUUGGAUGUUAAAUAUAAUUCAGAUUCUUUUCAAAUA